GAUUUCAAGCUGUUGUAUUCAGUGAUGGUGUCAGGACGGGAAUACUCAUGAACUAUCGUGAAGGUGAUCUUCAAUGGCAAUCAACUACAAAAGAAAUUUCAGCUCGAGUUGGAUACAACAUCAUUGAAAGUGUAUCAAAUCUAUAUGAGAGCAAUGAUGAAGGAACAAGAGAUCUUAGUUAUAGCCGGGACACACGCAUUGGAAACACUGGUCAGAUGGGUAGCUAUAUCUACCGUCUGGAUACAAACACAGCUGAUUAUAUCAAUCCUUGUGUUGGAUGUUUAACUUGGUAUGAGGAGGACCUGGCUAGUACAUACAAUUAUUCUGCUGCUUCUGUGUGUCCCUGUACAAAACCUCAGGCUGCUAGGGACAUUAACUUCAGAAAGUGUGUGUUUCCAAGGGGAAGUGAUACAGAUUUCAGUAGUUCCAGCUAUAGUUCAGUACAGUGUUACCAGUCUUCCACAGAUAUAGAUGAGGGAUACCGAUGUACAUAUAUCAGUAAUGCCCUUGUCACAGAGUACCAGAGCUUGUGGGAGUCCAGUAAUUUUGUUUCAGUUUUGAUUCCAAACAACAGAAACUCAUUGUAUGAUGAUUGGAAACGUGAUGAUGUUUUCCCAAGAGAGAUGUGUUGUAUGAUGACAUCUGGUCUACUAGGUGAAUACUAUUGUAAUCUUUAUCAAGAACGUCGUCCACAAAUUACAAGUUGUGAUGGCUACUACCCUCCUACCGCUGGUCAGGGAGAUGGUGACCCACAUUUUCAAACAAUUGAUGGGAAGGAAUACACGUUCAAUGGAUUGGGGGAGUACAUAGUACUACAGUACAAUGAUGGCAAUCCAUUUACUGUUCAGAUGCGGACAGGUAGAGCAUUCAAGAAUGGAGUACCCAUUAAUUCUGGGACAGUGUUCACUGGAGUUGCUGCAUCACAAGGACGCACAGAGAUGUCACUUAUUUUGAAUGACGAAAGAACAGCCUUGCUUUUAUCUAUCAAUGGGACUGCAGUCAAUAUUAGUACUUUACUCACAGAUGGUUAUGUUUCUUCUGACCCAACUUUCACAAUGCGCAUUGAUGAUGAAGAAGUUUCUACUGUAGACGACCUUAGGAUCAUUGCAAUCUUCAAUCUGCCAGACUAUCCAAGCUCUGGAAUUAAUGCACGUUUUACAAAUGGAUUAUUAUCAUCACAAGUUUUUAUUGCUCGAGAGUAUGCCACUAGUGGAGCAGCAAAUGGCCUAUUAGGCUUGAUUAAUGGAGAUGCAACUGAUGAUUUCCAGUUCCAGAAUGGAACCAUUCUCAUGGACACGAUUGAGGGAAAUUUAACAGAAGAACAAAUCUUUGAAUUUGGACAAAGUUGGAUGACUACAGCAGCUGAAUCUAUUUUUGAAUACUAUGAUCGUGAUUGGGCUUAUUAUAAUGAUCCCAGCUUUGUACCUCAGUUCUUUUCAAGCCUAGAAGCUGCUGAUCCAGUAUUAGCAGAACAAGCUCGAGCAACAUGUGGCAAUAAUACAGCAUGCAUAUUUGAUACCUUGGCAGUUGAUGCCUUGCUUGGUCUUCAUACAUUGAAUUCACAAAAUUCCUUUGAAGCUGUAUUGCAUGACUUAGACAACUUUCCACCAAACAUCACAUCAGUUGUUGAGAACAGUGUAACCAAUGCCUUAGCAGAGAGUGACAUGGGUGUACUACGUGUUACUGUUGGACAACCAGUUUCUUUACAAAUUACUGCAUCGGAUCCUAAUGAGGGAGAUGUUAUACAGUUUUCAUUGGAAGGUUCUGUUCCAAAUGCAACUAUAGAUAGUGUAACUGGUGUAUUUGAAUGGACUCCUCAAAGCAUAGAAGAUUCUUCACAGAGGAUUGUGAUUGUAGCCAGUGAUUCUACGGGAGCGAAUGCAUUGCUAAUCUAUAAAGUUAAGAUUUGUGAGUGUUUCAAUGGGGGAACAUGUCAGUUCAACACAGAAGCAUCAAAUCAAGACCUCAACAACAAUGGAUUUGCUGUUGUUAUUUGUGACUGUACAGCUGGCUGGACAGGUGAUCAUUGUGAUAUAGACUUUAAUCCGUGUGAUGGUUAUUGUUAUGAUCAAGUUCUCUGCACUGAUAAUUUACCACCAUCAUUGGAUGCCAUAUGUGGACCAUGCCCAUCAUAUCUUACAGGAGAUGGUCAACAAUGUACCAAUAUUGAUGAGUGUGCAAACGCCACACUAAAUGAGUGUGAUCAGAUAUGUGCUGACAAACUUGAUGGGUAUGAUUGUUCAUGUAAUGAUGGCUAUAUAUUACAUCCUGAUCAACGGGGAUGCAUUGAUAUUGAUGAAUGUAGAAAUGAAACUACACAUGCAUGCAGAAACAACAGUCUUUGUAACAAUAUUAUUGGUUCAUAUGAAUGCUAUUGUGAAGAUGGAUUCUCACCAAUUACAAAUGAUAAUACAAACUGCGAAGAUAUUGAUGAGUGCAGUGACAUGAGUUCAUGUGAUCCACAGGCAACAUGCGAAAACAAUAUUGGCUCUUUCUUAUGCACAUGUAAUGAAGGUUACUUUGGAAAUGGAACGACAUGUUCAGAUGUAAAUGAGUGUCUGGACCCACUUGCCAAUGACUGUGCCAUAGAAGCGAGCUGUACUAAUGAAGUAGGAGGCUUUUCAUGUACAUGUGAUGAUGGAUGGACUGGGAAUGGAACCUUCUGUGAUAACAUUAAUGAGUGCUCUAAUAACAUGGAUGAUUGUAGUAAUGAUGCAAUGUGUAUGGACAACCCAGGCAGCUAUGUUUGCAUCUGUAAUGAUGGCUAUAUCGGAAAUGGAAGGGAAUGCUUUGACAUCGAUGAGUGUGCUACUGGACUAGAUAACUGCACCUCGAUGGAUCAAUGUCUCAACACGAAUGGAUCGUUUGUUUGUCGGUGCUUAGAUGGCUAUGCCUUUGAUGCACAAGGGAUUGAUUGUGAAGAUAUCAAUGAAUGCAAUGGUGAUCCUGGCUGUGAUCUCAAUGCAGCAUGCAUGAAUACAGAUGGCUCAUUUAUUUGUUCAUGUGAAAAUGGAUAUGAAGGGAAUGGAACGUUCUGUCAAGAUAUAAAUGAAUGUGAUCUUGGUACUCAUAACUGUCAGCAGAUGUGUGUUAAUGAUGUUCCUGGAUUUAAUUGCACCUGUUUUGAAGGGUUCCAGUUAGAGAAUGAUGGUACAUGUCAAGUGUCUUCUUCUGCCAUGUGUAACUCAACAAUGCAAUUGGUUUGUGGAACGGUUGCUUGUAUUAUGCAAUCAGGAGAACCAAGUUGUGUGUGUGAGGCAGGAUUUCAGUUCAAUGCAACUCUUCAAAUCUGUGAAGAUAUUGAUGAAUGCAUUGGAAACAAUACAUGUGAGUCAGAUAACCUGUGUGAGAACUUUGAUGGAGGAUAUAAUUGUACCUGCAAUUCUGGAUAUGAACUUGAUUCAAAUGGAAGAACAUGCUCAGACAUUGAUGAAUGUCAACUAGGUCUUGAUAGCUGUGAUGGGAAUGCUGCAUGUAUAAACACCGAAGGAAACUACACCUGUUCUUGUAAUUCUGGCUUCAUGGGAGAUGGAAAUAUAUGUUCUGAUGUGGAUGAGUGCAUGACUCUAACUCCAUGCUCCAUGAAUGCAAGUUGUGCAGAUACAAUCGGCUCAUUCACCUGCAUGUGUCUUCCUGGAUACACUGGAGAUGGAUUCAAUUGUGUUGAUAUUGAUGAAUGUGAACUUGGAAGUGAUAACUGUCAUAUGAAUGCUGACUGUAUCAACAAUAAUGGAAGCUUCAAUUGUCUUUGUGAUCCUGGCUAUACAGGAGAUGGACUUACAUGUGAAAAUAUUGACGAAUGUGACUCAAUGCCUUGUGGAGAAAAUGCUGACUGUACAGAUGAUGAUGGUUCCUUCACAUGCUCCUGUCAAUUAGGAUACCAAGGAGAUCCUUAUAUGAGUUGCAUAGACAUCAAUGAGUGCCAGAACCCAGCAUUGUUCUCAUGUCAUCCACUCGCAUCUUGUAUAAACACACCUGGUAACUUCACAUGUGAAUGUGAUGAGGGCUAUGAGGGCAAUGGGACUAAUGAUUGCUCAGAUCGUAAUGAAUGUGAUGACAUCCUUGAGUUUUGUGGACCUUUUAGCACCUGUGUAAACUCUGAUGGAUCCUAUGAAUGUAUGUGCCUUGAAGGUUUCUUGAAAGAGUCUGUGGACAGUAACUGUACUGAUUUGAAUGAAUGUGACACUGUUCAAAACACCUGUCCUCCUGAUAUCUCUACAUGCACUAACAUAGAUGGUGAUUUCAACUGUACAUGUCACACUGGGUUUGAGAAUGACACACCCAAAUCUUGCAUUGACAUAAAUGAGUGUGACCGUGGUACCGACAACUGUAUGGGCGGUGAAGAUUGUAUCAAUGUUAUUGGAGAUUUUAGGUGUAUUUGCAGCGAAAACUUCACUGAAAUCGUUGGAAGCUGUGAAGCUUCAUUAUCCUUGGAAUUGAGAGUAAGAUUUGAAGCUAUCCUAGGACUUGUUGUUUCAGCCAGCCCAACUGUUCUUGAUUCUUCUGCAAAUCUUAAUCAACUUGAAGGAGAUAUGCUCUCAUUCCUUCAAAGUACUCCAGAACUUGGAUUAAACGGCCUUGCUGUAACAGUAUUAAAUGUGAAUGUGACUGGUCAGUAUGCAUAUGUAGACUUCAGGGUUGAUGUCAACACAACGUUGAGUAUGAAUAACAUGGAGUUAGAAUCAGUGUUUUUCAAUUCUCUUCCGGAUAACCAGCGGUUUGGAUCUCUUGCCCAACAAAACGUGGUUAGUCAAGAGGAUGUUGAUGAAUGUAUGGAUGAUUCUGAGCUUUGCAGCAAUGGAACUUGUACAAACACUAUUGGAUCUUUCUACUGCACAUGCAAUGAAGGAUAUAUGGAAGAUGACGCAGGCACUGCUUGUUUAGACAUUGAUGAAUGUGAUGAUUCAAGCCUGUGUACAAAUGGAGAGUGUGAAAACAACAAUGGUUCAUUUUCUUGCAUUUGUAAUGAAGGAUUUGAAAUCAAUGUUUCGGGUGAUCAGUGCCAAGAUAUCGAUGAGUGCAAUGGUGAUAAUGAAUGCACUGGUACUGGAAUAUGCAUGAACACUGAGGGAUCAUACACAUGUAUUUGUAUUCCAGGAUAUCAACUCAGCCCAAAUAUGACUUCUUGUGAAGAUAUUAAUGAGUGUUUGAAUGAUCCUUCACUCUGUGCUAAUGGAAUAUGUGACAAUACACAGUCAUCAUAUAUCUGCAUGUGUAAUGAAGGAUUUGUAGAGUCUAGCAAUGGACGAGCUUGUGACGACAUAGACGAGUGUCUGGAAAGCCCUUGUGGUAAUGGGACCUGCACCAAUAACAAUGGAUCUUACACAUGUGCCUGUAAUGAAGGCUUUGAACUGAGUAGUAAUGGCAGUACAUGUUCAGAUAUUGAUGAAUGUGCUGGAAAUGUUAAUCCCUGCUUCAAUGGUACCUGUACCAAUACCAUCGGAUCAUAUACAUGCAACUGCAGCAUUGGAUUUACUUUGAGUAAUGAUAGCAGUACAUGUGGGGUUUCAUGUGGUUCAUCUGUGUGUCAAAAUGGUGGGACAUGCAUAGGUUCUAAUCAAUGUUCCUGUAUUACUGGAUUUAAUGGGUCUGUGUGUGAGAAUAAUAUAGAUGAUUGUUCCCCUGAUCCUUGCAUGAAUGAAGCGACUUGUAAUGAUGGUGUUGACAGCUUCACCUGCUCCUGUGUGUCCGGUUAUACUGGAAAUCUAUGUCAAAUGGAUAUUGAUGAAUGUACUGAGGAUUCAACUCUUUGUACCAAUGGAAGAUGUUUCAAUCUCAAUGGAACUUUCACCUGCGUAUGCAACACUAAUUUCACAUUGACGAAUGGAAGUGCCUGCACUGCUAUCACAAAUGACCUUGCUACAAGUAAAGUGAGGGUGAAUAUUACAGGAACUGCACUAAAUGAAGAGCCCUUAGUUUACACUACAGACUUAACUAUUAGGUCAUCGGCCAUAUUCAUUGAAUUAGAGAUUAAAUUCUGUUUUGUGUUUAGGGAAUAUGUGAGGAACCUUUUGGGUCAACAGCUCGAAGCGUAUAAUUGCAUUGUGAUAGCAUUUAGCCAAGGCAGUGUGGUUGCUGAUAUAGAAAUGGAACUGGGUGCUGGCACCCAAGAUACUGCAGACGGACUUGCACUGACUUUAACUGAAAUGGCCAGCAACUUUAGUGGAUCUUUAUCAGCUGAUGGACAAACCCUUGAUGCAAGUAUAGCAAUAAAUGUUCAAUGUGAUCAGACGAAUUGUCAGAAUGGAGGAUCUUGUAUUACUUCAGGAGACCCAUGUGAUUGCCUGGCUGGUUUCAAUGGAGAUCUAUGCCAAAAUGAUAUCAAUGAAUGCCUGUCGGAUCCUUGCAUGAAUGGAGGGAAUUGCACGGAGGGGGUUGACUACUUCAACUGUGCUUGCCCAGAUGGUUACAAUGGAACUAUGUGUGAAGAAGAUAUUGAUGAGUGUCAAGCAAGUAAUCCUUGUGUAAAUGGAAAUUGCACGAAUAACAUGGGAUCUUAUACAUGCAACUGUAACAACGGAUAUAUGCUUAGUCCUGAUGGUAGUACAUGCAUUGAUAUUGAUGAAUGCCUUGGGGACAAUCCCUGCGUCAAUGGAACAUGUGAUAAUACUGAUGGAUCUUACACUUGCAACUGUACUGUUGGUUUUCAGUUAAGUUCUGAUAACAGUACAUGUGAUGUUGAGUGUGGUAAUUCAGUUUGUGAGAAUGGUGGAUCAUGUAUAGACGGUAACUGUUCUUGUGUGGCGGGAUUCAAUGGAACUAUGUGUGAAAACAAUAUUGAUGAUUGUUUACCUGAUCCCUGUGUGAAUGGAGGGAAUUGCACGGAUGGGGUUAACUACUUCACCUGCACUUGUCCAGAUGGUUACAAUGGAACUAUGUGUGAAGAAGAUAUCGAUGAGUGCUCAGGAACUAAUCCUUGUGACCAGGGCAAUUGCACUAAUACCAAUGGAUCAUAUACAUGCAGCUGCUACAGUGGUUUUAUGCUAAGCCAAGAUGAAAGUACAUGCAUUGAUAUUGACGAGUGUUCAGGAAAUAAUCUGUGUAUAAAUGGCACAUGUGACAAUGAAUCUGGAUAUUAUACUUGCACCUGUGAUGAUGGAUUCAUGUUAAGUGUUGAUAACAGUACAUGCAUUGAUAUUGAUGAGUGCUUGGAAAGUAAUCCUUGUGGAAAUGGUACAUGUAGUAAUAACAAUGGAUCUUAUACAUGUAGCUGUGAUAAUGGUUAUGAGUUAAGCAUUGAUGCCAGUACAUGUAAUGAUAUCGACGAGUGUACUGGAUCUAAUCCUUGUGUAAAUGGUACAUGUAAUAAUAAUGAUGGAUCCUAUACAUGUAGCUGUGACUCUGGUUUUAUGUUCAAUGGCAGUACAUGCAAUGAUAUUGAUGAGUGCUCUGGAUCUAAUCCUUGUGUAAAUGGUACAUGUAAUAAUAAUGAUGGAUCCUAUACAUGUAGCUGUGACACUGGUUUUAUGUUCAAUGGCAGUACAUGCAAUGAUAUUGAUGAGUGCUCUGGAUCUAAUCCUUGUGUAAAUGGUACAUGUAAUAAUAAUGAUGGAUCCUAUACAUGUAGCUGUGACACUGGUUUUAUGUUCAAUGGCAGUACAUGCAAUGAUAUUGAUGAGUGCUCUGGAUCUAAUCCUUGUGUAAAUGGUACAUGUAGUAAUAAUGAUGGAUCCUAUACAUGUAGCUGUGUCAUUGGUUUUAUGUUCAAUGGCAGUACAUGCAAUGAUAUUGAUGAGUGUACUGGAACUAAUCCUUGUGGAAAUGGUACAUGUAAUAAUAAUGAUGGAUCCUAUACAUGUAGCUGUGACAAUGGUUUUGCCGAGCUAAGCCUUGAUGCCAGCACAUGCAUUGACAUUGAUGAAUGUGCAGUAAAUAAUCCAUGUGUAAAUGGGACAUGUAGUAAUAACAAUGGAUCCUAUACAUGCAGCUGUAACAGUGGUUUCGAGUUGAGCCUUGAUGCAAGUACAUGCAAUGAUAUUGAUGAGUGUGCCGGAAAUAAUCCUUGUGUAAAUGGAAGCUGUACUAAUAACAAUGGAUCCUAUACAUGUAGCUGUGACAGUGGUUUUAUGUUUAAUGGCAGUACAUGCAAUGACAUAGAUGAUUGUUCUCCUAAUCCUUGUGCCAAUGGAGGUACCUGUACUGAUGGAUUGAAUAGUUUCACUUGUUCCUGUGCUUCAGGGUUCAGUGGGGAUACCUGUACAGAUGUGACCUGUGGCACAAUUAGCUGUCAGAAUGGUGGCACAUGUACAACCCCUGAACAAUGUGAUUGUGUUACUGGUUUCAAUGGUACUAUGUGUGAGAAUAAUAUUGAUGACUGUUCUCCUGAUCCAUGUUUGAAUGGGGUUUGCGUUGAUGGUGUGAAUUCCUUCUCAUGUAAUUGUACUACUGGUUUUACUGAUGACACAUGUGAAACAGAGGUAUGUGGUUCCAAUGCAUGUCAGAAUGGCGGAUCAUGUGCAAAUGCAAACACUGGCCAAUGUUCAUGUGUUACUGGUUAUAUUGGUGAUAUGUGUGAGAUAAAUAUCAAUGAUUGUUCACCUAACCCCUGUGAAAAUGGAGGAAAUUGUACUGAUGGUCUCAAUUCCUUCACAUGUUCCUGUCCUACUGCAUUUACUGGAAUUACUUGUCAAACAGAUGUUGACGAGUGUGUUGAUUCUAGUCUGUGUACCAAUGGGAGAUGUGUUAAUCUUGCUGGCUCCUACACAUGUGUAUGCAAUAUGGGUUUUACAUUGACAAAUACAGAUUCUUGCACUGCUAUCUCAUCAUCCCUUGCUACAAGUUCGGUAAGGAUUCGGCUAACAGGAGUACGUCUAAACGGUCUUCCUCUUACCUUCACUGCGGACUUAACAAAUAGAUCGUCAGCCUUAUUCAUGGAAUAUGAUACUUCUUACUGUUUCAUUUUCACAAACUAUGUAAGUGCAUUAUUGUCAAUUGGCCUUCCAAGUUGUGAAGUGGUUGGAUUCAGCCAAGGUAGUAUUAUUGGUGUCCUUGACCUUACAAUUGCCGCUGCAACCCAAACCUUAGCUGAUGAUCUUGCGUUGGAAGUACCAACACUGUCUACCAACUCUCUACUAGCAUCAUUUAAUGGUAUUACUCUAGAAGGAUCCUUUAAUGCUAAUGUUCAAUGUGAUCAGACGAAUUGUCAGAAUGGAGGAUCUUGUAUUACUUCAGGAGACCCAUGUGAUUGCCUGGCUGGUUUCAAUGGAGAUCUAUGCCAAAAUGAUACUGGUAAUUCAGAGUUGUCUGUUGGAGCCAUAAUUGGUAUUGCACUUGGAGUAUUUGGAUUUGUAAUCAUAAUAGUUGGCUGUGUCUGCUGUAUGUUCCUUCAAAGCUUCAGACAAAAUCAAGCAACAAAAGCCAUGCUUUCGAAUGGACGUUAUGACUAUCCAUCUUUUAAUAUGAAUGGUUCCUAUGAUGGUUCUGAAGAGUAUGAUUCUUUUGAAGGACGUCGUAUGGCUGUGGGUCAAGCUUUGGAUCGCCUUCGUGGAAAUGGAGCAAUGUAUAACGGCAAUGGAAGAUCGCCUGAGGAAGGCCGCAAUUUCAGGACGCCAUACGUUGUCGGUGAUAGAGAUACGGAAAACGGAGUGGAGCGAAAUCCUGUCUACUUUUAAUUGAUGCAAAGUUAACUUUCUAACAGAGAACCAACAUGACAACUGGACAUACCAAAUAGAAAGGAGCUAUAUAUCGAUGUUUUACAGAAUAAUGUUCUUUUUAUUUUGAGUAGUGUAGAUGAGAACAUCAAUCAUUUUCAUUUUUUUCAUUUGGC